GGUUGCUUCGUUGUUAAACAAAGGCAGAACCUUUCUUCUCCCGUGUGCUGUAACGUACAUAUAGCUGCCUAAGGGCAUUCGAAAACUCGACAAAUUAAAAGGGCCUCUGAAGUUGCAGAUAAACAGGGAGGGAGGGAGGCAGAGAGAUCUCAUCCAGAUCAAAUCUAUAUCCCAGUAUUGGGAUCUAUUUGAUUUGGGUUCUCUUGCAUAGCAGAAUCAGGUUUAUCCUUUUCAUCCGUGACGUCUUCCUGCGUUAACCAUUCUUGUUUUUCUCGUUCUUUGCUUCAUAUUCUGACACAAUGGAGGCUGAGAAGAAGUACAUUACGACCGAGGAACUCAAAAAGCACAACAAGCCGGGGGAUUUGUGGAUCUCCGUGCAAGGUAAGGUUUACAAUGUCACAGAUUGGGCAAAAGAACAUCCUGGUGGGGAUAUUCCUUUGUUGAACCUCGCUGGCCAGGAUGUAACCGAUGCGUUCAUUGCCUAUCAUCCUGGUACCGCAUGGAAAUAUCUGGACAAAUUCUUCACUGGGUAUUACCUAAAAGACUUCCAGGUUUCGGAUGUGUCCAGAGAUUACAGGAGGCUCGCAUCAGAGUUCGCGAAAUUGGGUCUUUUUGAAAGGAAAGGGCAUGUCACUUGUUAUACUCUUACGUUUGUUGGUGUUCUGUUCCUCGUUGUUCUGUAUGGUGUUUUGAGAUGCACCAGCGUGUGGGCACAUUUGGGUUCUGCUAUGUUGUUGGGUUUGCUUUGGAUGCAAAGUGCGUAUGUGGGUCAUGAUUCUGGUCACUAUGAGGUAAUGUCAAGCAAGGGUUAUAACAAACUUGCUCAGGUACUUUCUGGGAAUUGCUUGACUGGUAUAAGCAUUGCCUGGUGGAAAUGGACUCACAACGCCCAUCAUAUUGCCUGCAAUAGUCUUGAUUAUGAUCCUGAUCUGCAACAUAUCCCCGUUUUUGCUGUAUCUUCCCGUUUCUUCAAUUCAAUAACAUCUUGUUUCUAUGGGAGGACCUUAAAUUUUGAUUCUCUUUCCAGGUUCCUUAUCAGUUAUCAGCACUGGACAUUUUACCCAGUAAUGUGUGUUGCCAGGGUUAAUUUGUUCAUUCAAACGUUUCUUCUUUUGUUCUCAAAACGCCCUGUCCCAGAUAGAGCCUUGAACAUAAUGGGAAUUCUUGUGUUCUGGACCUGGUUCCCUCUUCUGAUUUCUUGCCUGCCAAAUUGGCCUGAAAGGGUUAUGUUUGUGUUAGCAAGCUUCUCUGUCACAUCAAUUCAGCACGUUCAAUUCUGUUUGAACCAUUUUGCUGCUAAUGUUUAUGUUGGGCCACCAAAUGGUAAUGACUGGUUUGAGAAGCAGACUAGUGGCACCUUGGAUAUCUCUUGUUCAAGCUGGAUGGACUGGUUCUUUGGUGGAUUGCAGUUUCAGCUUGAGCACCAUUUGUUCCCAAGGCUUCCUAGGUGCCAAUUGAGGAAGGUCUCUCCAGUGGUGAUUGAUCUCUGCAAGAAGCAUAAUUUGCCUUAUAGGAGCUUGUCAUUCUUGGAGGCCAAUAAACGGACCAUUAGGACUCUUAGAACUGCAGCCUUGCAGGCUAGGGAUCUGACAAACCCUGUGGCCAAGAAUUUGUUGUGGGAAGCUGUUAAUACUCAUGGCUGAGCAAUAAGGAUCAGAAUAAAUGGCUGAUAUGCCUCUCUCUGUGUCUCUGUUCUUUCUUCUUUUUUUAAUUUUUUGCCCUUAAAUUUCUUGCCCAAGGGCCCUGGAACACUUUACAGUUCAUACACUCGGCAUCUAUUUAUACAUUUUUCAGAUUUUGGUUGCAUUUUUACCUCCUCUAUAUUUCUGUUAUCGUCAGCCUCCAUUCGGUGGGAUUAGCGUGUUCGUUUAUGAUGCUUAUACCAUGUUUGAUCAUAUAUGUUAUUGCAGAGGA